GGCGGAAGCGGGGCGCGCCGGCGGAGCGGGGCCGCGCCGAGCCCAUGGCCGCGCUCAAGUACGCGGGGCUGGAGGACACGGACAGCGAGGAGGAGCUGCCGCCGGGCUGGGAGGAGCGCACCACCAAGGACGGCUGGGUUUACUACGCCAACCACCUAGAAGAAAAAACACAGUGGGAACACCCUAAGUCUGGGAAGAGGAAACGUGUUGCAGGAGAUCUGCCAUACGGAUGGGAGCAGGAGACUGAUGAAAAUGGACAAGUCUAUUUUGUAGACCACAUAAACAAAAGGACUACCUACCUUGAUCCAAGACUGGCCUUUACAGUAGAAGAUAAUCCAGUAAAACCUACUACUAGACAAAAAUAUGAUGGGAACAGUACUGCAAUGGAAAUUCUCCAGGGUCGUGACUUGAGUGGGAAGGUGGUUAUAAUCACAGGAGCCAAUUCAGGAAUAGGUUUUGAAACUGCCAAGUCCCUGGCCCUGCACGGGGCGUGUGUUAUCCUGGCCUGCAGGAGUCUGGCGCGAGGCGAGGACGCCGUGCAGCGCAUCCUGGGGGAGUGGCAUAAAGCCAAGGUAGAGGCAAUGACCUUAGACCUUGCUUCUCUUCAGAGUGUGCAGCACUUUGCUGAAGAAUUCAAAUCCAAGAAUCUGCCCCUCCACAUCCUGAUCUGCAAUGCUGCUGUGUUUGGUGUUCCCUGGUCCUUGACAGAGGAUGGCCUGGAGUCCACCUUCCAGGUGAACCACCUGGGGCAUUUCUAUCUUGUCCAGCUCCUGGAAGAUGUUUUACGCCAAUCAUCUCCUGCCAGGGUUGUCGUGGUGUCCUCUGAGUCCCACAGAUUUACAGAAAUCAACGACUCCUCUGGAAAGCUGGAUUUCAGCCUGCUUUCUCCAUCUAAGAAGGAAUAUUGGGCUAUGCUGGCCUACAACCGCUCCAAGCUUUGCAACAUCCUGUUCUCCAACGAGCUGAACCGACGCCUCUCUGCCCACGGGGUGACGUCCAACGCCGUCCAUCCUGGAAAUAUGAUUUAUUCCUCCAUCCAUCGCAGCUGGUGGGUCUACACUCUGCUCUUCACCUUGGCUCGACCUUUCACCAAGUCCAUGCAGCAAGGAGCUGCCACGACGGUGUACUGCGGCACGGCGGCGGAGCUGGAGGGGCUGGGAGGGAUGUACUUCAACAACUGCUGCCGCUGCCUGCCCUCGCAGCAGGCACAGGGCGACGCCACGGCCACGGCCCUCUGGGAGCUGAGCGAGAGGCUGAUCCAAGAACGAAUUGGCAGCCAGGCCAAAUAGCAGGGAGCUCCUGCAAGGAUCAAAACACACGAGUGUGUGCGCGCUCGGAAACUGCCAACACUGGAACCUGUCCAAUCUUAUCAUCUAGAGGGUUUCCAUGUACCUCAGAUACAGAUUAACCAGUGUUAAAUGAAAUAAUAGCAGUCACAACAUAGUGAAAAAUGUUAAGUACUAAUGGGAGGUGGGGAAUACUGUGGGUUAAAGGGACAAUGCGGCUUCCUGGGGCUUAGUUAGUCUCGGUUCUCUUUCUUUUGAUUAUAGCCUGUUCAAAGUGUAACCCAAGGAGGCAUCUUUUGUCUUAUUUUAAAAAAGCAAUUCUGCAAAUAAUUUCUGUUGUUUUGAUUAAUGGGUAGGUACAUAGCCCAAUAUGGGAUUUCCUCCUUAUUUUGAUAAUUACUGUCUGUUAGGCUUUAGGUAUUGAUUGGGAGAUGGUAGUUGUGUUGAUUCUUUUUCCCUACAAGGAUUUUAUUGGGUGUGGCAAAUCAAAAGAUUAUUGAGGAAAGAAAUCUUUUCUGCCCUUGGCUGUUGGCUGCAAAUACAUCUGCGCUGUUUAGAAAAAGAAGGUGCAGGAAGACAUCUGAACAGUAAUGGUAAAGUCACAGCUAAUUAAA